AGGUAACUAUUCAAACGAACAAAUGCCACAAUGAUCUACUUGCUAGAGAUCGCCGUCGUCAUAAUUCAUGUCCGCUUCAGCGCUGGAUUAUUCUAUAAUGGGGGGACAUCACCAUACAUACCAAGUCCGUGCCAAGGUCAUUACAACUGUCAUCCCCCGCUCAGGUGCGUCGAAGGACUCUGCGUAAACGGCUUUUUUUGCAAAACAGACGCCUACUGUGAUCCACGAUUCGAAUGCAAGGAGUACAAGUGUAUCCCUAUGCCCAGAUGGAGGCCUCAUAAUAAACUGAGAAUAUGCGAUAACGCUCCGUGCAGAUCAAACACCGUUUGCAUAGACUUUUUCUGCCUGGCAAAUGUGCACUGUAAAAGUGACCUAGAAUGUGGCAACGGAAAUGGCGCUGUAAGACUUAGUUGUGUACAAUCACUCUGCCAGAUCUCGCUUACACCACCUCGGCCACCUCCGCCUCCUCCACCACCUCCGCCUCCUCGAACAGAAAGACCACCUCCGCCUCCUCCACCACCUCCGCCUCCUCCACCACCUCCGCCUCCUCAAACAGAAAGACCUCCAUCAGCACAUGUUGGAAUGCCUUGCCCGGAUGGUGUUUGUCCUCCUCCGUAUGCUUGCAUCAAUGGUGUCUGCUUACGCGGCCUGUUUUGCACAACUAAC